AAAUGUAUGCUCGCAAAACGAUUGCGUAGCAUUCGCGCAAAUGCUUUGCAAACGUUUUGCGAACAUGUGGGUGAAAAUUCAUGGCGGACUUAGAUUAGAACACUUGGCGAAUGCUUUGACAACAUUUCCCGAAACACUUUUUGGUUCACGACAGCGAAUGCUUAGAGGUGUCUUUUCGGUAAUCUCCGUGGUUCGUUUACAAAUGCAUGGCGGCGUUCUUUCUACAACUUUUGCAGUAAACAUGUAAAUGCAUAGAGAAGUUUAUGCUCACCAUUUUUAGUAUUCAGCAUGAUUUGUUGCAAACGUUUGGCGGUGUUUUUCAUGGAUCCGUUUUUGCAGGCUGCAGUACCCUUUUGGGCAUGGUUCAGUACAAUUAGGGCAUGCCUCGUUUGGAUUUACUUAAAAUGCAACAAGCAAAUUAUUUGAUAUAUUAAAAAAAACAUCUACACUACACGCACACACGAUGGACGGAUGGAUGGGGCAUGCGCGUGAGAAGGGGAGUGCACGAGAGCGGAUGCUCUCCAUUCCGCUCUGCCCCCUCCACCUUCCCACACACACUACUAGCCAUGCCUCUCUGCACGAGUCACGCCGCACCGCUGCUGCGCCAAGCACACACGUGGCAAGCACACACAUGGCAAGCACAGCUCCAGGGGCGAGGGGGAGAAAGAGCAGCUGGGACGAGCGAAAAGGGAGAGAGGGCACGAAAGGGGGAUCGAGACGGGCAUAGACGGAACGAGUACAGGAGAGAGGAAAAGGACAGUGGCGAGAAGCGAAACAAGGGAAGAGAUGUUUCACCACCGUGCUCGCAUCUGCUGGCGUCCGCGCACUUGGUGGCCGCCUCCAUGCGCGCAUCUAGUGUGGCUGGCUUCGUCACGUCGCGAAGUGGCGAUAGUUUUUUUGGGUAUUUUUCGACGGGCUGCCCCCGAAAUUUCAGCCGAGCGUUUAGCGUUUAUACGCUCGUAUAGCGUAUAGCGUAUAUACGUAGCGUAUAUACGACGAACGCCGAGGAUUUCGAGCGUUUAGUGCAACUUAGAUUUGGCGCAGCAAGCUCUCGCUGACGGCAACAGGACAAGUUCUGCCAUCGGGUUUGGCCAAGGCUAGGAGGCGGGCAGGCCAUGAGAGGGUGUGAGGGGGUUGGCGAUUGCUGUUAGUAGGCGCCCUGGGAGGAAAGUAUUGAUAAGUGCGUGGACGUGAGUGCUGACUGAGGAGUUCGUAAAAGCAGCACCUCAGAGGUGCUCAAAACAUGGUGAGUGCGAAAACGGUCGAAGUUCGGUCUGAGUUUUGGGGGAAAGCAGGGGUUGGCGACUGCCGCAACUCUCGGAUGUAUCCCGCGAGCUCCUUGGCUGGGAUUGCCGCGCCAGGUCCAGCUCCGCUCUGGAUUGAGAGAUUCGGCUCAGCAGCUUGUCUACCGGCCAGGCUCCUUGGUUUGAGAGAUUCGGCUGCUGCCCCAGAGUUCCGCAGCGGUUCCUCCUCCUCUGCAACACCUGAGCCCUACGUGCUGGGCCUCGACUAUCGGGAAAAAAACAUAUGUAGUAUCCCACUGCUCUUGCUCGUCAGAUUCUUCCAAAACCUGUCUUGAGCUCUUAAAGCUCGAUUAGCAUCUCCCUGAAAUUAAUUCACAGCCCCGCCUUGAAGAUCAACUGUGGGGUGUCAUCCGCACCAGCUUGCUGCCAGUUGGGCUGCCGGUUGGGCUGCCGCCACCCUUCAUUCCUGUUGUUGUUCAUUACCCUUUGUUUUCCUCUUAUGCUUUCUCCUCCCCCAGUUACCCAUAUUUACACACCUUGAAGCAGGCAAAGAAGGCCGCUCUCUUCACUUCACCUAUCCCAAUCUUUCCUCGUCUAUUGUCUGUGCACAUUCCAAGGUCAAUGCCCUUUUUCGUGCUGUUUGUUAUUGCAUGUCGGAUUCGUGCUCAUCAGACGUAUUGAUCAUUGUCAGCUCACUGAUUCAAUUCCCGCUGCUAUCGGCUCUUUAAAGAACCUUCUCUCUCUCUACCUUGGAGGCAAUCGGUUCAAUGGCUCCAUCCCUGCGACCAUCAGCUCAUUAACAGCAUUGGAAACACUAACAUUGGACGGCAACCAACUCAUCGGCUCUAUUUCUUUCUUUUCUUCGCUCACAAGUUUGACAUAUUUGGCUCUCAACAAUAAUCAGCUCAGUGGGUCUAUUCCGUCCGGCACAGAUACUCGCUUAGUCCACCUACAAUUCCUUGAUCUCUCUCACAACUACCUCACAGGCCCCCUUGUGAAACUCCGGGGUUUCGAAGUGGACGUUUCCAACAACUACUUGUCAGGUGUUCUGAGUGGACCAGUCUGCAAUGAAUAUAAUCUCGGAGCCAACUGCUUCACAGUGUACAACAGCUGUAGCAAGUGGGCUCAGCGGCCUGCAGCACAGUGUGCGGCGUUCUGCGGCAUCAACAGUACUACUGCUGCCUGUGGUGGUCUUGCCACCUGCUAUCCAGACGGGCCUAGCUUGGUGCCGACGUGCGAGUGUCAACCAGGAUUUGCACAGUUUGGAGGAUUCAACUGCGGUGCAGAAGGCUGGGUCAAAAGCCUCCAAAUCAGUGGGCCUAUUCGCCCCCCUUUCACUAUACUCACCAAGGGGACGCUACAAGAAACAGCAAAGAGUUUCAUGGAGAAGCCUGUGACCCUGUUUGCUUACCCAAGUGGCGUGAGCUCGGGAUGCGGUGUGGAGCUGGCUUUCAGUGUCAACUUCACCUUCCUCCUUAUGCCCCAGUCUGGUACUGCCGGGUCCAAUGGCUUUGCGUUUGUAAUUGCAGAAAGGGCCAAGGUGGGGAAUCCUGAUGGUGUGGGGUAUGGUGGAAUGGGUACUCGGAGUAUAGCCGUAGAAUUUGACACACUUUAUAAUGACGCGCACGGCGAUAUGAGCAAGCAGCAUGUGGGUCUGAAUAUCAAUGGCACAGAUAAGUCGUUGAUCACGGUGGAAUCGCCUUUCACCCUAAGUGAUGGCAAUGCAUACACCGCAUGGGUGGACUAUGAGCCUGGGGAUCCUGGCAACAUUGAGGUGUACCUGGCUGAUUCCAAGACGAAGCCAAGGGGGCCGCUGCUGCGAACAGAUCUGUCGCUGUGUGCCGUGCUGGGGGCUGGUGUGAAGCAGCGGGCGUUCUUCUUUGGCUUCGUGGCAUCCACCACAGUGAAGCCCUUCCAGCUGCAUGGCAUCGCCUACUCUGCCAUGCAAACAGGCAUUUCUUCACUCAAGAAAGUCCACAUCAGAUACCAAGCCCGUGGCUUCAAUUUAUCAGUGGCCACAUUUGCGCCACCUCGAGGCAGCCCUUUUUUGCGCUAUGUGAGCUCCAACUACAUCAUGACGGACAGCGAAGAGGACUCCUGGGGCCUUGGCGAUCUGCACUCGUGGAACGCCCUGGACUUCCUCGGCUGGCCUGUCAAGGAUCAGAUUGAUUGCAAUGCCUGAUGGGCGUAUGCGGUGGUGGCAAGCGUGGAGGCAGCAUACGGAAUCGCAAAGGACCAGAUCGCUCCUCAGCUGUCAGUGGAGUCACUCUUUGCAGCCAUGGGGCUGACCGACACAAACAAGUGCACCGUUGGAGGUUCCCCCGCCGAGGUUUUUGAGAAGCUGGUCACUCUUGAUGGCAGCAGGGGACUCAUAGAAUUCAAGAAUUGGGGGGCAAGAACGUAUCCGGUGCAGGCAUUUGAGCGCACACAGUUCAAGGGGUAUGUGGGGCUCAUGCUGGCGGUGCGGCGCCAGCCAGUGGUGGUUCACAUCGAGGCUUCUGCUGGCACCUUCGUCGCCUAUGAUGGGGUUUUCAAGUAUCAGGAUCCUGGUUGCUACACCGGCAACUUGAACCACGUUGUGCUCGUUGUCGGCUACUUCAUCAAUAGAGACGACGGCAGCCAGAAACGCAUUGCUCCUCCAUUUUGGAUGAUCCGCAACUCGUGGGGAGAGGAGUGGGGCGACGGGGGCCACAUGCGCAUGGACAUUCAGGGAGGGGAUGGCGUGUGUGGCAUCAACGUGCUGCCUGGCAUCUACCCCGUUGUCAAGAUUCCAGGGGACCCCUGCAGCCAAAGCAGUCACAGGGUGGAUCAGGAUAGUUACGGCAUGAACCCGUGCGGCCGGUUCCCAUGCAAGGCGAUUGGGGAAAGCAACAGCUGCAACUGCACUAUUCCGGGAAAAAGGAGGCAACCUUUUGUUGAAGUUCGGAAUGGAAAUGGCUCCACAUGUGCUUAUGAACCCCUGCUAUGUGGGUACAUGCAUCAACGAUGGCAAAGGCACCUAUUCCUGCAUUUGUCCUCCCAACCACAUUGAAGGCAAAACGGUUGACAACUUCCCCACCUGUGAUCCAGCUAAUGUCACAACCACCAGAAUGACCGUCAGUGGAGACAACUGGUGGUGUGAGGAUGUUUAUCCACUUGUUGGCCUCUCGUCAGGACAAUUCACAAGCCGAAAUCAGGCCAUUAAUUGCAACCAGCCAUUGCUCAAGGGCAGUGUCCUUCAGCUGGGUGGUACUCUCGCCACACCCUGCACUGCCUUCUUCUACACCCUUAAGGGAGACACCUGUUCAUCCAUCAGCGAGUUGGCCCUCUCCAAUGAGGGCGUUCUUACCGCUCUCAACCCCGGUCUUGACUGCUCCAAGCCCAUCAAGGCGGGCCGCUCGGUUUGCCUCGAGCACAAUGCUGACUUUGCCUUCACUGUCCCCGAGUGUCUGCGAUAUGGCAUGCUGACGCCUGAAGACACGUGUGCUUGGCUGCUUCAGAAGAACGCCAGGCCGGGUGAACCUGUCACUGGAGAUUCCUGGGCUGAGCUGUACCGCAACAAUCCUGGUCUCACUUGCUCCACCAUUAUCCCUUCGUCUGUCUCUGUUGUUGGCAGGAAGAUUGGAGUGCAGAUCUGCCUCAGGGCAGAGUAUUGGUCGUUCCAACUGGGCAGGUGCAGAAAGGGCAGGCUUAAGUCAGUCCCACAGUCAAUGGCAUGCUCAGCUGCUUACCGCUUCUACGGUGGAGCUACAACUACGGCUGUCGCAAUGUUCAACGAAUAUAAUGUCAAGUCUUGCUCUGGGGUUGUAGGAUCCAAGUACAUUUGCGUUCCUUGAUCAUUCUGUGGGCUUAGUUCUGAGUGCUUGGCCGAGCUACUGUGAGCUCUGCUGGAACCAGCAGUGGGUAUGUCUGUACAGCUUGUGAGUGACUGCGCAGGCAGCAGGAUGGGCCGAUGCUGCACCAGACACACAUCUCGAGCACUUGGUCAGCUGUUGGGGGGUAUGCGAGUGCUUCUCGCCCAUGGCAGGAAGCAGUGUAACAGAUGUUGGGGUUAGGUGCCUAAACUAACGACUCAACCUGAUGCCUGAUAUAUGGUUGCGAGUGUCUCUUGCCAUCAUAGUGAAGCACUGCCCCCCUCCGAGCACUGUGCAACUAUGCGUCCCUUGCGCAUGGUCGGAAUGGACCAAAUGUUGUGACAGGCAUGAUUU